AUUUUUGAGGGUAUGAAUUUUCGCGAAUUGUGAGGUUAGGUAUGUAUUGUUUUUUGUAAGUGAAGUCUCAGCAAGAUUCAAAAAGUGUGCUAAUUUCAAACCCAAAUUAUAAAUAUGACCGAAUCUGAUGUCGAAUUAGAAAAACCGUCCCAUACGGCACCACUUGAAAAUGCUUGGCAAAUGAAACUACCCAAAUUUAAAGCGGAACACAACCCACAUGGACUACUGGAAGAAAGUUCAUUUGCCACCCUAUUUCCACAAUAUAGAGAGCAGUACUUACGACAAAUCUGGCCGCUUGUUGAAAAAACACUAGGCGAACAUUUCAUUAAAGCCGAAUUGGACGUAGUCGAAGGCAGUAUGACGGUAAGGACGACACGAAAGACUUGGGAUCCGUAUAUCAUUAUUAAAGCCAGGGAUAUGAUUAAAUUAAUGUCCCGUAGUGUUCCGUUUGAGCAGGCCAAACGAGUCCUUGAAGACGACGUUGGUUGCGAUAUUAUCAAAAUUGGUAAAAUAACGACAAACAAGGAUAAAUUUAUUAAGCGCAGACUGCGUUUAAUCGGUCCUAACGGCUGUACAUUAAAGUCAAUUGAACUUCUAACAAACUGCUAUGUCUUGGUCCAGGGGCAGACGGUUUCUGCUUUGGGACCGUAUAAAGGUCUGCAACAAGUUAGAAAGAUCGUUGAAGACACUAUGAAGAACGUACAUCCCAUAUACAACAUUAAAGCGUUAAUGAUCAAAAGAGAACUGGCCAAAGAUCCGAAGUUAAAGAAUGAAAAUUGGGAGCGGUUUUUACCUAAAUUUGUCAAUCAAAAUAUCAGCAAGCGUAAACAGCCGAAGAAGAAACGAGAAAAAGGACCGUAUACACCGUUUCCGCCUCGUCAAAUGGAAAGCAAGAUUGAUAAAAUGCUGGAAAGUGGUGAAUAUUUCUUGAGCGCCCAACAGAGAAGAAUAAAGCAACAGAAGGCAAUGACUGAGAAGCAAAUGAUUGCUACGAAACUUAGGGAAGAGAAAAGAAAUCAAGCUUUUGUACCUCCUAAGGAACAGUCUACGACCAAAGCUUCUGCAUCCGAUACAAGCGUAAAUUUAGAAAAAUUAAAAGCUAAAAUUAAGAAGGCUCAGAAAGGGAAGCUGAAUUUUUAAGUGUGCUAGAUUCGCAACUAAAAUUGUUUAUGUUAUUGUUAUGAUAACAAUUUUGUGUAUAUACCUAUUUUUCUAAAACCUAUGUAACACUGGUAACACACUACUACACUUCAUUUGUGUACCCAUAGCGCAAAUAUUUGUAAAUUUUGAAAAAAUAAAAAUUAAUAAAAUGCA